AAUCCCAGAAGACGACCGCGCAAGCUUGAAUCUAAAUCUGCAAAUACGCACCACAUGCCAUGCUCAAGCUCAGAGUCUCCAGCUCUCUACAUAUAUAUGCUUAAUCUCAUCAAGUCUAUUCAUGGAGAGCUUUCUCCAGCUGCGAGAAAUAGGCGGCCGGCAAGAUCUACGCCGCGCCCAGACGUCUCGCCUCUAUCAUGACCUCGCCCGCGCAACCAAGGGCCAAUUCUCCGAGGGCCAUCGUGGCGCUGUAAAUGCGCUGAGCUUUGACAAUCAAGGUGCGCGCUACCUCCUUAGUGCUGGUGCAGGCUCUGAUAUUACACUUUGGGAUUGUGAUAGCAGAGAUGCUCAACUCUUCCCAAUACAGAAAGUUGCCAAAGGGACCUAUCACAAGUACGGCAUCAGUGCUAUUCACUGGUACCCCUUUGACAACGGACUCCUGACUACAUCUAGCUAUGACGAGACUGUGAAAGUAUUCGACACCGAGAGCUGGCGUGAAGCUUGCACCUUUGAUCUCGGAAGCAAAGUCUACAGUCACAGCAUCAGCAAAGUAGCAUCGCAUGCAUUGAUUGUCACAGCGUGCGACAAUCCAGUCAUGCGGCUCUGCGACAUGCGAAGUGGCAGUUAUGCACAUAUGCUACGUGGACACGCCGGUAAGGUUAUUGCAGUCGAAUGGUCUCCCCGUCAAGAACACAUCAUGGCCUCUGCUGGCUCAGAUGGUACUAUUCGAAUAUGGGAUGUACGUAAGGCGCAGGCAUGCAUGGCCCUGUUGGACAUGUACAAUAGCAGACGUGAAAUCCGACCAGCGAUUCCCAAAGCGCAUUCUGACACGGUCAAUGGCAUCGCUUGGACGGAAGAUGGCUUGUCACUUGUGAGCACUGGACAUGACAAUAAAUUGAGGGUAUGGGACAUUGUCAGUGGCGAGAAUAUGCUCAUCAACUACGGCACGGCUAUCAACAACACCCACUGGCAGACUGUGAAGCCGCUCAUUGUCGAGGGACAAGACAUUGAUGAUCCCAUCUUAUUUUAUCCUUCUGACGAAGGACAGCUCUUACGGUAUGGCCUAUUCAAUGGAUACCUUUUCCAUCGUCAAUUUGUCCUCAAUGGUCGUGUAACUUGCGCCGUCAAUCGCUCAAAUCAGCAUGUAGAGCUUGUCACGGGCGACUCGGCAGGACAGCUCAUCAAAUGGGCUCCUUAUGACAUUUUGGACGCCCCGAAGGCAAAACCUGUGCCUGGUGCAAGCGGCAAUAUUUUGUCAGACAUCGUCACCGAUAUGAAUACCACACCGGUUACCUUCAACUAGCUAGAAAGCACAUGUACACGCUAGCUAGAUCUAGAUGCUUUUGAACAAAGACACCUGUCUGAGCAAUGCUUUGGUCCAGCUCGUGCCGUACACUGCUGCCCAUGUUCCACGCUACUAUCAAUGGAUGCAAGAUCCUGAAGUCCUUGCAUUGACUGCGUCGGAGCCACUGUCCUUGGAGGAGGAGUAUGAGAUGCAGUGCAGCUGGCAAGAAGAUGCAGAUAAGCUGACGUUCAUCAUUCUGAGAGCUACGACUGAUUCCGUUGCUGGUGUUGAUGGCGACUCUAUCGACCGUAUGGUAGGCGACGUGAAUAUGUUCUU